AUCUGAAGAAUCAGAUAAAAGCUGUUUGGGGUGUGAAGACUGGGUAUAUUUGGCAGGACUUUUGGGAGGGGAUAGACUAUUUUCGGCACGAUCCACUUCUACGUCUGAAACCAUGGAGAACUCCAGAGUGUGGACCAGAGCCUUGGUCUGCGCCGUGCUCCUUUCGGUCGUCCAUGGAGCUGAUCUUUAUAACUCGGAGUCGGAGGAGGACCUCAGCACCAGAGCCUUGCGGGACUUUUAUCCUAAAGGUCCAAACUUGACCAACGAGAGGCAGCUGCUUGGGGCUCUCCACGAAGUUCUGGAAAAACUGCAAACAAGAAAAAUGCCAUUAUGGGAGAAGAAAUUUGGCCAAGUACCAACGUGUGAUAUCGGAGAGCAGUGCGCCAUCAGGAAAGGAGCGCGGAUUGGGAAGAUGUGCGACUGCCCUCGGGGAUCCUUUUGCAACUUUUUCCUGUUAAAAUGCUUGUGAAAUGGGAACGUGGUUCGAAUGUAGACUAUAUGGGGAAGGGAGAAAAAACUCUUCCCGGAGUGUAUUUAAUAUAUCAUUUUUUUUAAUAAUAAAUGUCCUCAAAUAAAUGUGUCAGAGUAUUUAAUAGUUCAGAUAUGAUAAGUUAGCUGAACGCCUGAAUCCAAAAAGGUUCAACACAUUUGAAAUGAAUGUUUUCUGUAUGCCAAAGUUGUGACACCUUUCUUAACAAUAGUAGGCUAGGCUAUCGUAUCUUAAUAAUUAUACCGUUCAUGAAAUGUGUUAUUAAGGUCAUAUUGCGUUUAUAUGUUUAGCUUAGGCUUCUUUGAAUUGUGGAUAAUAUCAAGACAAGCUGCCGUAUCAUAAAUCACUGUUGGUUUACAUGUUCAUAUUUCAAAGCAAAUUCCUUAAAUACAUUUCAGUUUACUUCUACAUAUGUUCAAUAUUAUUCUUUAAUGUGUUAUGUGUAAGUGUAUUCAAACAUAUAUCCAGUAAGUUCAAAUCAUGUGAUUCAAGGAUUUCAUAUUUCUGAUCAGAUUUUGUCAUAUGAAAUAAUAGCGUUAUCCAGCAUUUGAAAAUAAGUUUACCCGUAAGGCUGCAAAAUACUGUGUUUCAAUAAUGAAAUGACAUGACUUGCAGAAAGAAAGUAAUAAAUGAAAGUAAAAC